AAACUUCUCAAACUUCUCUUACUCUUUCUAGACUCUUCUACCUUUGCUUCUCUCGUUACCGAUUAUAAAUAUAUAGUCUCCUUCAACCUUAAUCUCGUCAAGUAACAAAAGUUUCAAAAACUAAAGUCGAAUUCAAGAUGAUGUCUAUCUUUAGCCCCUUCGAAGCUCUUUACGCUGAAUCCAAUGGCUUCAAGAUGAAGUUCUCCGGUAAUCAGAAACAGAGCUCCAGUGAUAAUCAGUCGGCGGCGAGAGAACAACACAAGAACUCCGCUAAAACUUCGUCGGACGAUGAAAAGAGUAAUAAGAAGACGAAGAAGAUCCAACCGAUGAGGAUAGCUCCAGAGCUCGAUGGUGUUCAUUGUUUUGAAACAAUUUUUCCUUUUUGAUGAUCAUAGAUGUAAAGUUUUAUUUUAUUAUUACUUGUAAAAAAAAAUGUUGCUUUGUAUAAAGAUUGAUCAAACAGCUUACUCCAAUUCUACAAAACUAAUCUGGAACUA